UGCGUGGACGUGCUCAAUGGGCUGUUGCACACGGUGAUCGGCAGUAGCGCCAGCAAUACAUGCUGCCCGCUGCUGUCCGGCGUUGCCGACCUCGACGCUGCUCUCUGCCUUUGCACCACCAUCAAGGUCAAGGCCCUCAACAUCAACCUCAUGCUGCCCAUCGCCAUCGAGGUGCUCGUCAACCAGUGCGGCAAGAGAGUGCCGAAAGACUUCCGCUGCCCUAAUUAAGCUCCAUCGAUUACUAUAUGUACUAUCAUUAUCACCUGCAUAUGAAUGAGAUACAUGCAUUAAAUUCUCUUGUGUGGUCACACAGGUGACAUAUCGAAGUGUAAUAAUCUAUAUGUACAUGGAUUUGCAGCUCUGACUCGCUACUUGUGACGGGGAGCUGUGGAGCAUGCAUACAUUGUCUUUGUGUAACAGCGUAUCAUAUAGUAACCGGAUAACAUGUUACCAAUUGUGGUCUUCCAUCGGUUUUGUAGUGUGUGUUUUCUUUUUGAAAAACUAUGAAUAAAAUGUCCGUACUGUGUAAAAGAAGUUUUCACAUCCACUUGUAACCCAUACCAACAUACUUGUUGAACCAUACGCUUUACAGGAUGCGGAUUUUCGUGCUGAACAUUUUGAUAUAUUAUACAUUUUUUCCGACAUCGUAUGCAAAAGUUAUAGCCGUUUUACU